AUGUCAACAUCGGCUGCGAGAUUGGGGCAUGUUCCGGGAGCGAAGGUGAUAACCUACUAUGCCGAUGCCGAUGGCCAGUAUUCUUCGAAUAAAAUCGGUUACGAUGUUGACUUGUUUGAAGAGGCCGUCCGUAACAUCGCCUUCGGGGAGCUUCGGACAAAAAAGGAUGAGCGCCAAGUCGAUGAUCUCGGCAAGCUAGAACAACUCAGUAUUACUGAACCUGAAGGAUCAACGCAAGACGUUCAGCCGGUCUCGCUUAAGAAAGAAGAUGUACAAUUCAUCUGCGUACAGCUCGAAGUAUCUAGCAAGGUAGCUGAGAAAGCACUCAAACAUGCCAAAGGUUCUUUAGAAGAUGCACUCCUUCAUUUGAUUAAUCAAGCGGAUCUGAGAUGA